AUGUUUUCUUGGCAGUGGAAAAGCGGAAGAUAAGAAAACAGCUUACGCAGUUAGAAACUGCAAAGCUCCACUCUCUCCUCGGCUUUUACCCUCUUUGACUCAGAAGAGAGAAAUAAAGGGACGCUGGUAUGGAUUUCUAGGACAGAUUUGACUUCUGAAACUUUUGGCUUUGGUGAAACGGGAGCCAGAGGGGUUUGCGUGCUCCUCCCACUUUUUAGCAAAUCAUUCAAGGAGAUGCGAGAAAUUUGAUCCCCCCCCUCUCCCUGUGCAAGUGAAAGGCACUCUAGAAGGACAGUAGGAGGAAAAACUCAUCAACAUGAAUAUCGAGGAAUAUUUUGCAAGAAUUUCCUACAAAGGUCCCCAGGAAUGCCUGGACUUGGAAACGUUAACAGCAGUCUUUCAACAUCACAUCCGAUCGGUGCCGUUUGAAAACCUCAGCAUGCACUGUGGUGAAACCAUUCAGUUGGACUUAGAAUCGAUCUAUGACAAAAUUGUGAAGCGGAACCGUGGUGGCUGGUGCAUGGAGAACAACCACCUCUUAUUCUGGGUCUUUCAGACAAUGGGCUACGAUACCAGCCUUUUAGGAGCCUACGUUUACAGCCCUCCUCAAGACGCCUAUGAGAAAGACAUUAAUCAUCUCCUCCUGAAAGUGGUGAUUGACGGCAAGGCCUACAUUGUGGAUGGCGGCUUUGGGAUAGCCUACCAAAUGUGGCAGCCAAUGGAACUGGCGUCUGGGAAAGAUCAGCCUCAGACACCGGGCAUCUUCCGCUUCACUGAAGACAAUGGAGUGUGGUAUUUUGACAAAAUGAAGCGCAAGCAGUGCACAGUAGGUACUGACAACACAUUCCCCUCCUCUGUUACUCCAGAAAGCAUGACCUGCAAGAAAGUUUUCUCAUUUACCCUUCAGCCACGGACGAUAGAAGAGUUUCGACCUAGGAACCUGCAUCUUCAAACUGCUCCAGAUUCCCUGUUUGUGAAGAAGUCUAUCUGUAGCCUGCAGACCACCAGCGGCUUUCAGGUUUUGGUUGGGUGGACGUUGACGGAAACCACAUAUAAUUACAAAGACCACGUGGAUCUGGUGAAAAGCACCACCCUUACUGACGACGAAGUGGAGAAAACUCUGCAGGAGCGAUUCAACAUAAGAUUAGAUAAGAAGCUUGUCCCCAUUAACACCAGCUUGAGUUCCAUGUUUUGAUUCGAAGA